CACUGGUGCUCAGCCUCUGGUCGCACAUUGUCACAUCCUCCAAGGCAACUUUCCAGACCUCGGCUUUCCUUGUUUCCUCGCUCCACGUGUCUACUUAGGACCGAAUACUCUUAAUGUCUUCACCUUUACUCUGUCAUUUACAACUGAUCUUGCAGGAGAGAAGAGAUGGAUAUUUGGGAACACAGAGAGACCCAGAGGUAGCCACAGGAAGACAGAAGCAGAGAUUGGAGUUUUGCUGCCACAAGCCAAGGAAUGCCUGGGACCUCCAGAAGCAAGAAUAGGUACGGCGUAAGUCCGGAGAACAUCAUCCUGUACGGGCAGAGCAUCGGGACUGUGCCCACGGUAGACUUGGCCUCCAGGUACGAGUGUGCAGCCGUGAUUCUCCAUUCGCCUCUCAUGUCUGGGUUGCGCGUGGCUUUUCCGGAUACCAGGAAAACGUACUGCUUUGAUGCUUUUCCCAGCAUCGACAAGAUCUCUAAAGUCACCUCUCCCGUGCUGGUCAUCCACGGGACGGAGGACGAGGUCAUUGAUUUCUCCCACGGCCUGGCGAUGUACGAGCGCUGUCCGCGGGCCGUGGAGCCCCUCUGGGUCGAGGGGGCCGGGCAUAACGACAUAGAGCUUUACGCACAGUACCUAGAAAGACUAAAGCAGUUCAUAUCUCAUGAACUUCCCAACUCCUGAAGACCACUUGAUUUUACCUCAUUACCGUGAACACAGGAGUCCUCUGUUUUGCACAUGCUUUAACUGGAUAGCGGUCAUGGCGUGAUAACCACGAGGAAGUGCUCAGCUUUCAGGGCAUCCUAAGCAAAGAGCUGAGGAAUUCUCAGUCUUUCAUACCUAGAGGUUCUGCUAACUCACACAUCAUGUUAAACUGAACAGUCUGAUUUCCAGCUUCAUUGCCUUGCAGAAUGGGAAUGAGAGCUGAGCAGGGGGACCGUUUUCUUGUGCUCUAUAAAGGAUGCUCAUACCUGUCUACCUUGCCCAUCACUUAGGAUUCAUGUAUGCAGGACUCCACCCUCUCUCCACCAGUGUUCUCAGUAUUUGACCUGCAGCUCUCUUUCAGCCACUGGAUUUGUGAGUUCAAUCCAUUUGUGAAGCUGUGAUAGUGUAACUGGAAAACAAUUGUGAUGAAAAUUCCUUUGUUAAUCUUUGUUAAUUUUUUUUGCUGGUCUUUCCCCCAAACAAAUCAGUUAAAGGGUAGUUUACUGGAACUAUCAUGAAUAGCUUCAUCAACUGGAACCAUAUAAAUAUAACUGGAAUAUUCUUAAACAAAAGGAAACUGGGGUUUUUUUUAAGUGUAAAUUUAUUACCAGUCCCCACAGAGUUUUAAUAUUUUGAUUGUCUGGUUGGUCUAACAAAGAGCCUAGCCGACUUUCCUUCUGUAAAGUCCUCCUUGUAGGCUUUUUUAAAGUACUGUACAUAUUUGCAAUUACAUUGUGCAUAGAUUCUUAAUGGGCAGUUUUCUUUUGUCAGGCUCCAACAAACUGCAGAUUUCCUUGUUUGUAUUGUAAAUGAUUGAAUACAUUUUGUUAAUCUGUUUUUAUUCCUAUGUUUUGCUAUUAAAAAAUUUUAUAACAUUUCCAAGACAAAAAAAAUUACAAGUUUAUGCUUUGAAGAACUUAUGUAAUUAAAAUUUCACGAAACUAAUCUUUUAGUUGAGGAAUUCUUUGGGUUUUGACACUGGAGUUGCGCCGAAUAAGCAGCGGAAAUGUAAGAUGCUUCAGCUUGCUACACUGCUUGUAUUGGUUGGGGGUUUGGGUUUGGGGGUUCUUUGGUUUUAUUUUUUUUGAAGUUUUUUUCCCCCCCAAAUUUAAAAGCCUUAAAUGUACUGUCAGCCUCAGAUUGUUGUACAGCUGGGUUGCGGUUGAUUGCCAGUUUGUGUUCUGUUGCUUGGAUGCAGCACAGCGGUUGGCCAUGGAAUAAAGGAUGCAUGGAUCAGAA